AUGGAAUUCGGAAUAGACAAAUGUAAGACCUUCUCUAUAAAUAAUGGCAAAAUUACUCAGAACAGUUAUAUAUUAGACUCAGGAAAUGUAAUUGAACCUCUAGAACCAAACGCCGCGUACAAAUAUUUAGGCUUCCAACAAGCGAAGCAAAUCAAUCAGAAGGAGACUAAAGAAAGUCUAAAGAAGAAAUUUAAACACCGCCUUAAUAUUCUAUUUCGGUCCCAGUUAAAUUCCCGCAACACCUCUAAAGCCAUCAACAGUUAUGCUAUCCCCGUGCUUACUUAUUCGUUUGGUAUAAUAAACUGGUCCCAAGGCGACCUGCUUAACCUUCAACGCCUUAUAAACACUACUCUCACAGCUCAUCGUAAACACCACCCAAGAUCCUGCGUACAACGAAUGACUCUCUCUAGACGUGAAGGUGGACGAGGAAUAAUAGACGUAGUCAACCUGCAUAAUAAACAAAUAACGAAUUUAAGACAGUAUUUUUACCAACAUGCACAACACUCUACACUUCAUGAACUCAUAACACUAGCUGACAAUCGCCUUACACCACUAAACCUAGCUGACCGGAACCUGCAAAAAAAUGAAAAAAUUGUUGAUAACAAGGAAAAGAUCGCCACAUGGAAGCAGAAGUCCCUGCAUGGACGGCACUACCACGAUCUGCAGCAACCACAUGUCGACAAGAAUGCGUCGAACGCCUGGCUGCAGCGUGGAGAGCUGUUCCCAGAGACGGAGGCCUUCAUGAUGGCGAUCCAAGACCAAGUUAUUGACACCAGAAAUUAUCAAAAAUACAUUAUACGCAUCCCGAACCUUCCUACUGACACAUGCCGACAUUGCCACUCCAGCUCAGAAACAAUACAACAUAUAACGUCUGCCUGCAGAGCUCUCGCGCAAACUGAUUAUAAGCAUCGGCAUGACCAGGUAGCGUCCAUCGUACACCAACACCUUGCACAUAAAUUUAAUUUUAUACAAAACAAAACCGCAUACUAUAAAUACAAACCAGACACAAUAUUAGAAAACAGCAGCCACCGCAUUUAUUGGGAUAGGACCAUUAUCACCGACAAGACUAUACAUUUCAAUAGACCAGACAUUACACUAUUUGAUAAAACCAACAAAACCGCAUAUUUAAUUGACAUUGCCAUCCCGAAUACCCAUAAUAUUCAAUCCACAAUAGCCGAUAAAUUAACCAAAUAUCAAGACUUAGCCAUUGAACUUAAACGUCAGUGGCAAGCACAAACCAUACACAUAGUUCCAAUAGUAAUAUCUUCAACAGGGAUAAUCCCCAAAAGCUUGCAACGCAGUCUUGAAAUCCUGCAGAUCCCGCUAUACACAUCACACAUCAUCCAGAAAGCUGUUAUAUUGAACACCUGCCGCAUCACGAGAAAAUUCUUGACAACAACAUCUGUAUCGUCUACAUACUCCAUUACAUAA